GACUUUGGAGGCCAUGUAUGGCUUCCUCCUCUCAUUAUCAUCUCACAUCUCUCUGAGUCACUUGGGUGGAGCAUGGCCUAUAAAUCAGAGCUUUAGGCUCUGGUAUUUGUAUCAUAAAUCAGAGAGAUACACGAGACAUUGUGAGCCUUGGUGAGAUAGAGAUUAUAAUCCUCCAUACAUAAUCAGAAUCCGUUGUCCCUCCGUGGAGUUCUAAAUUUUGGGGAACCAUAUAUAUCUGUAUUGUGUCAUUUUGUGUUUGUGUUUGUGGGUUACAUCCUAAUCGGCUUAAGACCAUUUAGUACUACCAUGCAAAGAAAGAUUGACACCACAAACCUUAACCAAACAAACUAAUAAUUCAACUGCCUCUUGGAGUUCUUUGACUUGAGCUUGAUAUGGGUGUCCUGGAAACCAUAACAAUCCUUCUUUCAUGCUCUCUUUGUUUUUACCUUCUAUUUUUUCUCCUCACCCUCCUUCGCAAAAUGUGGUGGACUCCAAUUCGCAUUCAACGUGCGAUGAAUUUACAGGGGAUCAGAGGCCCUCCUUACAGAUUCGUCCAUGGAAAUACGAAAGAGAUCCUCAACAUGAGAACAGCGACCAUGAGCAAACCAAUGGGUUUAUCGCACAACAUAUUCCCCAGACUCCAGCCUCAUCUACAUUCUUGGCUCAACAUAUACGGGAAGAAUAUGCUUAUGUGGCAUGGUCCCGAAGCUCAGUUAGUUAUUACAGAUUCAGAGUAUGCAAAGGAAAUACUUAACGACAAGGAAAAGAUUUAUCCGAAAGGAGGUAUUGAAGGCUUCAUAAAGAAGCUGUUAGGGGAUGGGGUUGUGACAUCUAAAGGCGAAAAAUGGGCAAAGCAAAGGAAACUCGUCAACCACUUUUUCUAUGCAGAGAGCCUAAAAGAUAUGGUUCCAGCGAUGAUUGAGACUGUUGAGAUGAUGCUAGAAAGGUGGAAACAUCAUGAAGGCAAAGAGAUUGAGGUGUUAGAAGAAUUUAGACUAUUAACAUCCGAAGUCAUCUCGAGAACAGCUUUUGGUAGUAGUUAUUUAGAAGGGAAAGGCAUAUUUGAGAUGCUGAUGAAGAUGGUAACCAUCUAUUCCAGAAAUUUCUUCAAAAUCAGGCUUCCUGGCCUCAGCCUGUUUUGGAAUAGAAGCGAUGACAUAGAAUCAGAUAAACUUGAACGAGAAAUACGGGAUUCCAUUACAAGGAUGAUAAGGAAACGAGAAAAUGUAUUAAGAGAGCAGGGAAACUUUGGGACUGAUCUUCUUGGACUACUUGUGGAGGCUUAUAACGAUCCUGACGAGACGAAUAGGAUUACACUGGAAGAUGUGAUUGAUGAAUGUAAGACCACCUACAUUGCCGGACAUGAAACGACAACCAACUUGCUCUCAUGGACCAUCCUCCUUCUAGCAAUCUAUACGGCUUGGCAAGACGAAUUACGGAAGGAGGUUCUUGAGUUAUUUGGAGAGCAGAAACCAAAUGCAGAAGGCAUUGCAAGAAUGAAAAAGAUGACCAUGGUCAUUAACGAGACCCUAAGGCUGUAUCCUCCGGUCAUCAGUCUCGUUAGGAAAGUGGAACGAGAAAGCAAAUUGAUAAGGUUCGUUCUCCCAGCCGAUAUCAUCGUGCACAUUCCGACGCUGUCUCUUCAUCUUGAUCCUCACAUUUGGGGAGAGGACGCGCAUCUCUUCAAUCCAGAAAGAUUUUCAGGAGGAGUUGCUAAAGCUACAAACAACAACCCGGCAGGGUACAUUCCGUUUGGUCUGGGACCGCGCAAUUGCGCAGGCAUGAACUUUGCGACCAAUGAAGCCAAAAUCGCUCUCUCGAUGAUUCUCCAACGCUACGCCUUCACUCUGUCCCCGACCUAUGUUCAUUCUCCAAUUUUUCACUUCACAGUUCGGCCGGAACAUGGGGUUCAGGUGGUGCUUCACCCUCUCUAGUAUGUAUCAAGGUGCGCACUGGGUGCAAGACAAUCUUAAAUUUCAAGCAAAUAAAUGUGUUGUCACAGAGAUGGAUAUUGAAGGUCCUUGAGAAAAAGGACAAUAUUACUUACAUACGCACAUAAAUUCUAAUGAUAAUACAAUAACAGCAUGUACUGUUACAACA